AUGUCUGUGGAAGAAGUUACUCAGAAAACCGGGGAUUUGAACAUUGACGAGAAGUCAACUGUGUUGUCCAGUGAGAAAGAGUUCCAAUUGAAGCAUCCAUUGAACACCAAAUGGACCUUGUGGUACACUAAGCCCCCAGUAGACAAGUCAGAAUCGUGGUCAGACCUGCUGCGUCCAGUGACAUCUUUCGAGACAGUUGAAGAGUUCUGGGCUAUCCACAACGCUAUUCCCAAGCCUCGUUACUUGCCACUCAAGUCAGACUACCACUUGUUCCGUAACGACAUCAGGCCAGAGUGGGAGGACCCAACCAAUGCACAAGGCGGGAAAUGGACUCAUCAAUUCUGGGGCAAAACUCCCGACAUCGAUGACUUGUGGAUGCGCGCUCUGCUUGCGGUCAUCGGCGAGACUAUUGACGAAGAUGACUCCGAGAUCAACGGUGUUGUUAUCAACAUCAGAAAGAGCGCCUACAAGAUCGCCAUCUGGACCAAGUCUGCUGACAACAAGGAAGCACUCACCAGAAUUGGCUCCAAGUUCAAGACUGUUCUGAAGCUGGGCGACGAUGCUCAACUGGAGUUUUUGCCUCACUCCACUGCUUCUGAAAAACACCCUCAGCCUUCUCUAGUUUUGUAA